UGAUUGUAAAGCCAUGGAGUUGAAUGAGAUCUCCUGGGAAGAAAGUGCUAAUAUGGAAGAGAAUAGGACUAAGGGCUAAAGCCUUGGCAUGCUGCAACAUUAUAGGUGGAACAAUGGCUUCAGAUUCAGCAAAGGAGAUUGUGGAGCCAUUAAGGGAAGGUGCAGGCUCGUAGAAAUAGGAGCAAAAUGAAGAAACUGGCUCAGGAAGGAGGGAAUAGUCUCCUUUAAUGUUCUAGAAGUUGGAUCAGUUGAGUACAGCAAAGUGACCAUAGGAUUUGGGAAUGUGGAAGUUACAGUUGACCUAGACAAGUACAGUUUUAGUGGAGAGGUGAGGGUCACACUAAUUACAUGAGUUGAACAAAUGAGGAGACACCUCUUUUGAGAAUUUUUUUUGUUAGGUGGGUAAGUGGAGAAAAGGGAGGGAAACAAAGAUGUGAAGAUGAAAUGAUGUGUAUGUGAAAUUUUUUUGUAAAUGCUCCGUGAUAGGCCUAUUUUGUUAUCGAACUCCUAGGAAUUUCAAACCAGCUCAAUGUGAAGAAUCAUGAAAACUAGGCUACCACUAGUCCUCAACUUCCUGUUUGUUAAGGCGCAGAGUAUCUCCACCCAAUGAAAAGCCAAGAAAUGAAGGGAAGGGACGGAUGGAGAACGCCGGCCGGAAUAGGAAGGGACAAGGGAGGUUUUGCUGAGGUUAACAUUGACCUCGCAGGGCCACCGUAGGGCAGACCCUCGCAGCUAUUACGCUGUAUUAGGGGCGGGGCCGACAGGAAAUUUAAACCCGAGCCGCGGCCCAGGGCGCCUGGAGACUGGUCGUGUACUUGCGAAGAGGCCACGGCCACUCGGUCGUUUGAAAAAGCUCAUGGAGCCCGCGAAUACACUACGGAGACCUUGAGGAGGGAGCCAGGAAAGGGUACGGAUGCCGGGAAGGGGAAGAUGGGGUAAGAAGGAAGGUGGAAGGAAGGGGUUAAACGAGUGUAGAGAGGAUAAGAGAUCGGGAAGGUGCACAGGAAUUGGGGAGCUGAUGGGGCAGAAGCUGAGGAGCGUAGAGGGGCCGAGAAGAAGGGCUUACUGGCGUUGAGGAGGUAGAGGUCUAAAGGUGGCAAGGGACUGAGGGGACAAGAGCCUGGAGGGAAGCACGGGGAUUGAAAUACAAAAGGGGUGGCCAAGAGGCCAUGGGAGUGAAGGCGCAGAGUUCUAGAGGGGGCGGCGGGAUUGAAGGACAAGAGGCACGGAAGGUGAGAUGGGAUAUGGAUUGUGAUGGAGUUCAGUCUUCCUUCCCCCCCCCCCCACCUCCCCGGGAGCCGCGCUGGGGGGUUUGCAGGAAUUGGGAGGCCGGGGAUGGGGGGUGGGGGAGAGGGUAGUAGAAGGUCGAAGGCUAAUGAAGGUGGUUCUGAUGCUGUUUUGUCCUUUCUCAGGUGACGGCAAAUUCUCAGAGCUGCAGAGUUCUAUGGCUGAGAGUAGGCUCCGGGCUCCUAUCGUAGGGGCUCAACUGGAAGUUUCCAGUUGUCUGGAAAAAUGCCGGAUGAGCUCUGCAGAUGCUGGGAGGCAGCCCUUCUCUGGAAAGUCCUUUUAUCUGGAUCUGCCUGCUGGCAAGAGUCUCCAGUUUUUGACGGGGGCCAUCCAGCAGCUGGGUGGGGUAAUUGAGGGUUUUCUGAGCAAAGAAGUAAGUUACAUCGUGUCCAGCCGCAGGGAAGUGAAGGCAGAGAGCAGUGCGACAGACCACAGAGGCUGCCCCAGUCCCAGCGAGGUCAGGGUGCAGACACCGUCCACGGCCCAUCCGAAGUGCGGCCACCCCCGGCCUCCACAGAAACCCGCAGACUCGGUGCCUUUGAGCAGAGGGAAGGAGCUACUGCAGAAAGCCAUCAGAAACCAGGGGAGCAGCAGCGGAGGAGGUGGCGGGAGCAGCAACAGUCUCCUGACCAGUGCCCGCUCCUGGGGAGUGAGGAUCCUGCAUGUGGACGAAAUGAUGAUGCACGUGCAACAGCUGUCUCUUGACGCCUUGCGUGUGAAGAAACAGGGGCCAAAGAAGAAGCCAGAGGGAACGCGUCCAGCAGAGUCAAGAACGCGGAAAGUGGCCAGACUGAAGGCACCAUUCCUCAAAAUUGAAGAUGAGAGCAGGCAAUUUCGUCCUUUCCACCAUCAGUUUAAAUCCUUUCCUGAAAUUUCUUUUCUGGGACCCAAAGAUGCAAGCCCUUUUGAAGCCCCGAUGACCCUGGGCAGCUCGCAUCAUACCAGAGAACCCAAGGACCGAGAGCCAAGCCGGCGAUUGGCCACCCGCACCCCACCCAGGAGAAGGAAGGGCUUCUGUGAGUGCUGUCAAGAGGCCUUUGAAGAGCUCCACGCGCAUCUCCAGAGCGCCCAGCACCGGGGCUUUGCCCUAGAAGCCCACCCGUAUGCAGAAGUCGAUCGGGUCAUUGCCCAGCUCGGCCACAGCUUUGCUGACACCCCCUCGCAGGCCAGCCUCCCCAGGCAGCCAGGCUCCCCGUGUUCAGAUCGUGACCUGCUGUGUCCUGAGGCUCCGCCUCCUAGCCAGCCCUGCCAUCCCAGGGCAGCAUCUCCCAGGAUGAAAGAGGAAGACGAGCAUCAGGCCCCAGGCACUCCAGAGCAGGAUGGGACGGUGGGCAGCAUGAAGGCAACCGAUGAACCUGUGGGGACUGGUGAGAUGCUGGGACCAGUAGCAAGCUGCCAGGAGCUGGGAGGGUCAGUUGAUGUCAUUGCAGACCCCCCAGAGACACCAGUGUCCAGGAGCCCUGCACACCAGAGCCUCUUGACAAGCUCUGGUUCUACAGAACUCUCUGGCUCGGAUGUCGCACUUUUUGGCCACAAGCGGAAGAUUCGGCUCCCCAGUGGCAAUCCUGAAAAGAGGUCAGGGGUCUCCCGGCCACAGGCCUCAUUCUUUGUUCCAAGAGCCACCAGCCCUUGUGGCGCCAGGACAGCCAGUGGCGGGCACCCCCUCUUCCUUCCCCCUCCUGAUUGUGAGCACAGGCCUCUGGCCCCUCUCCUCCCCUGGUGCCACCCACAGACCUGCCUCCCCCUCCCCACAGAUGGGCCAGCGGAGUGCUGGGCCACACAGCCCCCUUGGCCAGGGGAGGACAGCCCCCUGGGAUCUGAGGAUUCUGAGUGUGCCGCCCCUGGCCCUGGCUGACCAGCUCCCUAGCUGCCCUGUGGCUCCAGGCCAGCUGUCAGCCCACCUGCACUCAGCAGCUGACGUGCAGCCUUCAGGAAGACCCGCAGAGAGCCCGUCUACCUCUGUCCCCUGCUCUCAACCAGCGGGGGAGCCAGCUGCUCCCAAUGGUUCUGGGCCUCCCAGCCUCCCUGUCUCAGCCCUAGCCCAGUGCCAGCAGAGAACUGAUACCAUGAGUCUCCUGGGACACGCAGUAGCUCUCUACUUGAGGGCCAGAUACACAGAAGUUAUACUCUGCUGAGUGCUGCACAGCCAGCAGGGGCCAGACCAAGCACAGGGAGGACAGCACCUCAGGGCCUCCCCACCAGAGCCAGAAGAGCCGCCGGCCUGGCCUUUGAAGUCCAAGAGAACAGCAGUUGUCAUGGCCAAGCUCUGUAGGCUCGACAGAGCCAGUCCUCCCACUCACCGGGUCUUAGGUUAGGACCAAGAGAGUCUGGGCUGGGGGCUGCCCUCUACCCCUUCCUCCAGCCAGCUCCCUGACCAGGCAGCAAUCUGAUGGGCUUGCUCAUCCCUGCCAGCUGCCCACACCAGGAGGCAGAGGCAAGGUUGGCAUAGGGAGGGACCACAAAGCAUCUAGAACGGCAGGAGCCCUGGCCUGGCUUCCUGUCCCUCUGAAGGCACUUGCCUCUUGCAGAGCCGAGUUUUGGUGUUCCCCACCCCCACCCCAGCCUCCUUUCCCAGGAGCAUGUGGCUCUCCUGCUUUCUGAAAUGCCUGUUUGUCCCCUCCCCCAGCCCCCCACGCUCGUGCACACAGAUCCUCAGGAACAUACGAAGCAGAGGAGGGGCUGGGCUGCAGCACCUCCAGAGCUCCCUCGCCCCCCUGCAUUUGGUGGGAGCCUGGCGCUGAAAUGACCUUUCUCCUGAGCCCAGGAUAUGGCCAGAGCCCCCUCUGGGGACCCCUCUGCUCUUCCCUGGCUGCCCUCUGCCAUUUCUGCUGUUCCAGGGUCGGGAUUCACCUGCCAACUUCUGCAUCACCCUCUUCUCUCCCUCCUUCCCCAAGGACCUCCCCCCAUUUCUUUCAGCCAAGCCAUUAAUCUGGAGACGAGAUGGGUUUGCUAUUGAUUCUUUGGCCACUUUUUUUUUUUUUUUUUUUUUUUUUACAUUUUGUGCUGUGGUUCUUCUCACCCUUCUCUGCGUCUGUGUGUUUGUUUCUUUAAAUGUUGAAGCUACAAGAAGCCUGGUGCUAUUCUGUGUCUCAUUUUGGAGGAAGAAAGGGGGGCCUCGCUGUGGGUGAGGACCUGAGUUGUUAGUUUGGAAAUAGAGCAACUGUGUGUACAACCCUCAUAGAGGUCAUGUUUGGCCUUUUUAUGCCAUUCCUGUUAAAUUUCACAAUUAAUCUUGGUUCAGGAACUGUAAAUAAAUUUGUUAAUAACAAAUAGCAAAGGGAUAGGGCUGGAAUGCAGUGUGUCAGGCCUUGAUGUGCCCUCCAGUGACCCAGAGCAAGACUCAAGCCCAGCAGAUGUGGACAGAGUAAGUGGAUGGCCAGAUAGGAGCCCCCUGCAAGUGGGAGAGCGUAUGUCACAGCCCCUGAGGGCCGAGGGGAGGUCAGGCGGCAUCUGUCCAGUCUCUGGUCACUCAUUUGGCUCUGCUGCUAAAGGGGGCCCCAGGAGACCUGAGGCCGGACAGAUGGGUGCUGCCCUCAGUGGCUCCUUGGCAUGAGGACUAUUCAAACCCCUUCCACUCCUCCGCAGAUGACCUUGACUCAGACUCCACAGGCAUUGCUUCUCCUUGCUCCUGAUCCCCUUUCCACAUCCAACUCCUACAAAGGAAGCAGUGUCCUUCCUUCCUGUCACUGUCCCUGCUCUCCAGUCCACCCAGCCAGCCUCAUCAAAUUCCUUUUCUUGGGUUUGCCAUCUCUUCUCUCUGCCCUAAAACUCCAUCCUGGAAAACACUUGCAUUGAUUCAGCAGGCUCCCCCCACUGUUCUCCAGCUCCUUCCUGCGGUCUACAGCCACUGCCUCCAUGUCUGCACCUUCUUGCCCUUCCAAACCCGCGGAGGCUCUGCCUGAAGCGCUCCACUGGGCUUGUCCCUUCCAAGGU